AUGGCGAUUCAGAGCCGCAACGAUGAGCUACCCAUGAAUCACGCCGAAAAAGGAGACGUGACGCCUCAAAGACCCGGAUCCAGCAUUCACCCCGAAUCCCUAGACUCUUAUCAGCAGCAUCCGGGCACCCCGCGAUCGCCGCUCUUAUCGCCCCUUAUCGGCAGCCCUGAACCCUACCUUACCUUACCUUACCUCACAUCUCCUCUCCGCGUUCUCGACAUCCGACGUCCAUCUGUUCCAAGCACUGAUCCAGCCACCACCGAAACCACCACUCCACGAGCAUCACUCCAUCUGCCCAGCAUGGCAAUCUUCAGCGCCGUCCCUCCCCCCGAUGUUAUCGACCACCAGACCCCCAACGACGUCGUCCCGCCGCCCCAAUCCCAGACCCCGGUUGCUGCCCACGUCGCCGCCCAGAGCGCGACCGCCGGCUCGGUCGACAUCGAGGCGUGGACCGUCUCCGCCCUCGAGGCCCUGAGCGUCAGCCCCGUCGCCCGCGGCACGGGAACCCCGCUGGCCAUCAACCUCGACGAGCAGGUACAAAAGGCCUCUGCCGCCGCCGCCGUCACGAUCGCCGCCGAGGCGACGACGACUAUACAGCAGACGCCUAUCCGGCGGCCCCUGAGCAGGCGAGAUAGCCAGAAGAAGAGGGAGCAGCUUCUGAAGGGUAAUGAGGGCAGCAGGGCGCGUCGGCGAUGGGAGAAUGACCGCCUCAUUGGCGUACCCAACGUUCAACCUCCCCUCCCAAGCGACUGGGAAGUCCACCCAACCUACCCAGUCCAAGUCGUCCCCUACCAGGUAGCCCAAUACUGGGACACGGGCCUCCGCCAGCGCAUCGAAGAAAAGACGGCCAAACUCCAGGCGCAGCGCAAGAAGCAGCAGCGCAAAGAUGGGUCCGCGACGGGACUGGCCGUCGGCGAGGUGCCGCGCGACCUGCGCGACACGGCGAAGCGGACGCCCGCUGUUCGGGGUUGGGUGCGCGUGCUCGAGGAGCCCGUGCGGAGUUUCUUGAAGGAGCGCAGCGAGGCGAGCGAUGCCGAGGGGGAUAGCGAGGACGAGGAGAUUGUCUUUGUGGGUCGGAAGGGGAUGGCUUCUGCGGGCAAGGGGUGGAAGAAGGCGAGGAGGGAGGUGGGUAGUGAAAAGGUUGAUGAUGGCAUGGUGUUUGAUUCUUUGGGGGAUGAUGAGAGUGCCUCGUUCAAGUAUGGCUCCCCCACUCCCCCCC